AUGGCUGCCCUAAGCACCGUCAAACUUGUGCUCGUGCAUGUGCUCUCCUGGCUUGCCACGCCCCGACUCACGCCCCGCGACAUCAACGGCAUCCACCUCGCCGUCCAUCCCGUCUGCGGCACGCUCUCGGGGCACGUCGUGGACGUCAACGCGGGCGUGGACCUCGGCCUCAUCAACACCGUCGUUGCGUUCGGGGACUCGUACACGGACGGCGGACGCGACGACGGCGGACCGCUCGCGCCUCCAGUGGUCAUUCCGCCCGAUGCAUUGGCUGGUGGAAGGUCGACCAAUGGAAAGGUCUGGGUAGAGCAUCUGUCGGACGACAUUGGCGCGACGCUGAUGGACUACGCACAAUCUGGGGCAUGCACGGAUCUCAGGCUGUGGCCGAGUAACUACAAGAAGGUGGACUUCUUGGGACAAAUGAGCACAUUCCUCGGACAGAACAAUAGUCUCGCCCCCGGCACCACCCUUUAUGCCGUCUUUUUCGGCAUCAAUGACUUUGGUGACUCGAGAAACGACUGCGAAGAGAGCCUCCAAGCUGCUGCCCAAGUCAUCUUAGAGCAGAUUCGCAUCCUCGCAUCUCCCCCGACGAACGGACGUUCCUUCCUCGUCCUCGAUGACUACGGCAUAGGCACUCACACCGCCGCCGGCGACGCCUUCGUGCAAACGGUCUUUUCGGGCCUUCGCGACCUUCACGAUGGCAUCAACUCCACUACCCCCUUCACACCCUCGAGCCCACCGCCAGUCCUCGAUGCGCAGCGCCCUCUCCAGGCGGGUGUUGUGCGAGGACCGCGGCUGAACGUCGCCUUCGCAUCCCUCAGCCGGAUCUGGGAUGGGGUGCUCGGUCCCGACCCCGGCUACGAGGCUUUCGGGUACAGGAGCACGGAUGCGUGCAUCACCCAGUGUUCGCUUUUGUUCUGCUCCGUCGAGGGGAUGUGCGAUGACCCCGAGCACUACUUCUCCUACAUUCCAUCGCACCCAUCGAAGGAGGGCAUGCGGAUAAUGGCAGACUACGUGAAGGAAGUGAUGAACAAGUGUGUUGUCGGGUAG